GAAUCGAAAGUGCGUCGGACCUGAAAAGAAGUAACGGUGAUUGUUGAUCUAUUCUUUUAUCAGGGUUGAUCGAGCUAUUAGUGACGUUGAUCCAGCCGUUAUCAUCGUUGAUCCUUACCGUGUGUAAUGAUUUCAUUAUAGAAUUUGAUGGACUUUAUCAUAAACCUGUCAUCACUGUUCCAUAGAUUUGCAUCGGGUUUGAAGUCACGGUAAAAUCACAAGAUAUCAAUGCGAUCUUCAUGAAGAUUAAUUGAACUUUUGUCACCUGCCAAGAAUCAUGCACUUCUUCUGACUGCGACCAUAAUUGAUCAUCAACCUGUCACUGAUCACCGCAUGCCUGACUUCCUUUUUAAAAAAAUCAAAGAAAACAAGUCAGGUUCCCUGAAAAGAACCGUCAGUAGUUUUUAGUUGCUAUUUUGUCUCUUUCUAAAGAGAAAUUUAGGUUUCACUGCCAGUAGUCAUUUUUUUAAAACCAAUCUUGAGCGUGCAUAGGAUCAUCGAAUUUCAUCACAGCUUCCAAAUCGUAUUUUACUAUUUUGGACACGAGUCCGCCCGGAAGAAGAUUGGCGUGGGAUUUGUAGCAAUCAUCACACCUUGAGAUAGUUAGUCUGAGUAAUUAAACGUUUGACUCAAGCAACAAGAUUAAUGACCAAUAAAUAAGCAUGUUUAUGUGGGUGAGCGUGGGACGAGCUCUGACGUCACAAUAAGCUCGGUGAGAGACUGGGCAUGCAGAGCAAAACGGUCAGAUAAAAAUCAUUGUGACGUCUGAACAGUUGAAGUAGAUAUCGAAAGGUGAACGUCGUGCACACUCGGACCCAAGGAAACUACUUCAUUUGAAAGCUACCCUGGAUGCAAUAAUUCAGCUAUUGAUAGUGAAGCUAAGAUAUAAAAAUAGAAUGCUGUUGAAAACAUUUUGAGCGGCCGCAACUGCCAGAUACCUGACUUUGUGUCUUGCUGCGACAGUUAACUUUAAAUAUGAUGACAUUUGAAAAGUUUUUCAUUACUCAGAAAGAGACCGCUAUGAGAGGCGAGGUUUGAGGGAUACAUCUGACUGCGGUCACGAGACUUUUUAAUACCUAAGCAAACGCAGUUAACCUAUCUGUUCACUGUGAUGUAGAUCAGUUUUUACAGUUUUCGACAAGUUGGUCUCUAUUUAGAAGUCAAAAAUAAUAUUUGCGCGUAAUUGUGUUCUUUUCGUCAACAACCUGUUUCAUCGUCACCGGUGAGUUAGGGGAACAGUUGUCUCUAAAUGGUGCUAACAUCGAAUAUUUUCAUAGUAACAUUUUAAACUUCACCAUAUAAUUUGUAAACAGUCAAGAUGAACCGGUCAAUAAAGUCUUUGCAUCCAUUCGACGAAGAGUUGGAGUGCGUGAUCUGCACAGGUCGUCUGUUAAAUGCUAAGUUUCUUCAAUGUCUUCACAGUUUCUGCGCUGAAUGCCUUGAGAGAUGUGUGACGGUUAGAGGAAACUUAGAAGGUACCUGCCGCCUCCGAUCUAUCUCAUGCCCUCUCUGUCGCGAGGAAACCAUCAUACCCGAUGCAGGAAUCAACGGAUUGAAGCCAAAUAAGCUAGCAAAUAAGGUUGUCCAGGCAUUGGAAGGCAACGACCAUUGUGCUAAAUUGAUGGAUUCUGAAUUAUGUUGCGAAUCGUGCCGUAACAAGACGUGUUCUCGAGCAGUUGCUUAUUGUCAGGAUUGUCGACAUUUUAUCUGUCGUGAUUGUGUGGGUUCGCAUUCUUCCAUGAAACAGAUACUGAGUGGACAUCGUAUCAAACCUCUGAGUGAUCUUCGCAGGAGCCUGGUAAAAACAAGGAAUGGAUACAAAGAUGCCAACAACGGAAAAACAUGCUACCAGCACAAUGGUCAGUCAAAGACACACUUUUGUGAGACAUGUUCGAUGCUUGUAUGUGUCCGUUGCAUAGGAGAUACCCAUCCUGAACCGCAUCAUACAUGUGUUGAGGCGAAGGACGCAGUAAAAACACGGUUGCGCAGCAUUCAAGAGCUUGUCGAACAAGGCCAUGAUAAGCAAAAGGAAGUUGCAGAAGCGUUACGCACGAUAGAUCGUCAACGCAAUGAGGCACGUCGAAACGUUCGCCGCUUGCAGCAAGAGAUAAAUGAUGCAGCUGACGCUGCGGUUGAAAAUGCUUUAAAAAGCAUUGACUUUCAGAGAUUGACACUUCUUAAAGAAACAGACAGAUUAGACGAGUUCCUGACCGGGAAGUAUGAUGAAAUGGAAGCGGCGAGGCUUGGUGUGGGAUCUCUUUUGUCUAAUGCUAGAAGCUUCGGUGUAAAACUAAUGAAGAACCCAAGUGUAAAUGUUCUUUUGACCUUUGAUAAACUAAACACGACCUUGCAGAAUCUGGUUUCUGAACAAUGGGACAAAGCUUCAGUAGACUACAUCCACGGUAUAACUACGAACGUUAGGUUUGAAUCGCAGGAGAAUUCACAAUGGGUGUCGGUAGGUACGCUUGUCGAUCCAAACCAGUGGUCACUCUCUCGGAGUAUUCCUAUUCCCGACUCUAAGUCUGGUGAGGUCUCAUCGAUGUCGUAUUGUUCCGAUGGGUCACUGUUCCUAGCCCAUUUCAACGGCAUCGUCGAGGAAAUGACCGUCGACGGUAAACUCAGUCUCGUCCUCAUUUCAAGCUCCGACAUCCGCGAUAUGGCAGUCCUCUCUGACCGCACGAUCGUCAUCCUUGAUGGGACAUGGCAGAUAGCAGUAUAUGACCCAACCGGAAAAAAAUCCCGCAUGAUCCAUCCGUUAAACGGUAGCACCGGCUUCACUUGCCUUACUGCAGACACAAAUGACAUGAUUUUCGCCGGGGAAUUCCAUCGGGAUACCAUAUCCGUCUUCGAAAAAGACGGUAACCACGUUGAAUCGAUACCUGCCGGUGGUAUCACACCUUAUCGUAUCGUUGUCGCGAACUCUGGUCAGAUCAUCCUCUCACAUAGCCCAGCUUCCGUAUCCAUCUUGAAUCGAGAUGGCGUCACCCAGUGUACAAUCCAUCGGAAGCAAUGGCAGUAUGCUCUCGUCUGCUGUGACACGAAAGAAAAUAUAUACAUCCUCUCCGGUAGCCGUGACGAAAAGAAACUCAUCUCUGUGCACAAAUAUACAGUGGAGGGUUUCAUUGUCGAAUGCGUUGUCAGACACAUUGAGGUCGAUGUGGGCUCAUGGCAUCCAAGAAUUGAUUGUACACCUGAUGGUAAUCUGGUGUUGGUCACCAAAUCCAAAGUCGAUAUCUAUAGCACAAGAUCUGUGAUUGAACGGGAAAGGAAAGAAAUAGAAGAAGACUCUCAAACAGAUGAGAUGCAAGAGGAAAUUUGUCCGUCCUGAAUUGUUUUUCUUCUUUCCAACUUUGUUGUUGAAAUAUCGUCUCUGGAUAUUUUAUUUUAUUUUUUUUUAUUUUAUUUUUUUACAGAACUCCGAUUGCAAAGAAAGUAAUUAAGCCCUUCUGUACAAAGCGAUAGUCACAAAUUUGCAUGAUUAAGAUGCUAAACAAAAGUCAGUUGUGGUUAACAUGGUAUGCUUUGUAAAAAAAUAUAUUCUUCAAAACAGGAUCACAAUGAAAAAGAAAAGGUUAAGGAAAAUGGUGAAGGAUGACGAAAUUAAUUUGGGUAUUGAGAUCAAGAUUCAACGUUCUAUGAUUUCAUUCUUGAAAUUUUUGGUUGUAAGUGGAAAAUAAACUAAGACAAAUACGUAAUACUACUGUAUUUUACUUGCGAACAUGUACUGCAAUAAUGACCAUCCAGUUUUUGUUGUCAAUUUUAAUUAAAUCUAAGACUUUACUUGCCGCUCAUAAGGUUGAUGCAGAGCAAAGUUUCUCUGGUUAGUUAGUUGGGAUUUCGGAAUGUCGUCGAUAAUGUUGGUCGGGAGCCAUUGAAUUAUAUAUUUCGGAACUGUAAUGAUCUAUUUGAUAAGCUUGAUGGCCUAUUUUUGGCCAAUCAAAUUUAUCAAUACCCGGGCAGUCAAUAACACGGACAGGUAAUGACGUAAGCUAUGACGUAAGCCAUUUUAAUCAAAUUACCAUUUCAUGGUCAUUAGGGUGAUUUAUUUUUAUGAUAUUGGUAUAUGAAUUCAGGGGUGGUGCCUGGGUAUUGUGAUGGGGGGGGGGCGACCUAAAACGUAGUUGUUUUUUUCUAAAUUGAACAACAGUUUAUAUGACCAAGAUUUCUCUUUUAUCACUUUUCUCCUCCAAUACUUGAGAAAUAAGGGGCAUCCCCCACAUACCACCGCCUAUAUGAAUAAACUUGUCAUCUAUUGUAGAUAAGGAAAUAUAUCAUGUCUCACAUCCCGCAUGAAAGAUGCAAUGUAUGAAGUUUACAAGAAGCUUCGGCUAUCAGGCAAUGAUUUCGACAAAUCAAACACCAAGCAAUACAAUAUAUAACAGCAAUCAUAACCUUGAAUUAGACCCCAUUUAUUCCUUAAUUUCUUUCUUUUGUAAAGCUGUAUCUCCCCAUCAGUCUUUAUGCUACAACCAAAAAUGUGGCCAAAUUGCGUUUGAAGUCAAAGUCUUGUAAGUACGCAUGUUAAUCGUAAAAACGUAGUAGUGUAUGACAUUUCACCUCUAUUUGACUAAAACAUGUGUAUACAAUGUAAAUAACAAUUAUACAUAGUUUAUAUACAUGUAUUAGUAUGAUGUGUAAUAUAUUUCACGUAUAUAUAUAUUAUCACACGUUCUCACAACCAUGAUGCUUAUCCUACACAUUAUUCACAGACUAUACUAAUUUUAUUCAAAACUUGUAUCUACUCAUGUAUGCGAUUUUUAAAUUUGUUUUCAUUAAAGAAAUGUCAAUGUUGGGUUAUCAUAAACAGGCUUUAAAAACAUAUUUUCUUUGACAAAAUAAGAGCAUUUCGUCCAUUGUUUUUCGUGAAAUUCAGAAUUUUUUGUUGUUGAAAAUUCAAUAUGUAUAUUUUGAAAAAAAAUUGUUUUCGAGUGAUCCAACGAAUCAAUUGGUAUGGAACGAUGAUACGUAAUUACUAUUCGUCGAUUGUGUGUUCAUUAAAAGGACACGAUACUUAUACUUGAAGAAAAAUGAAUGGAUGAGAAAUAGCCCACGUAUCGAUUCGAAAGUUAUCAAUAUCUAUAUCAUGCUUGACAUCUGUGAAUACAUUACUCGUUCAUUUUCAUCAUUUGUUACCGUUUACAUAAAAUAGAUAGA